CUUCAUCCGGGUAUUUUUUGUAAUCAUUACGUCAGCAGCGCUAGGUCAUCGUUAUCCCAUAAUACUGCAGUCAUGGCGCAGCCAGCAACAAGUGACUCGAGUCCUGAAACUGAUCGUGAUUUUGAUGUAACAGCAGAGAUGAUGGUUCAUGACUAUGAUGAUGAACAAACAAUGGAAGAAGAAGAACAGAAUGAGAGUGGAGAAAGUUUCAGCAAUAAUGAACUGGAUGAACUAGCUCAGGAUGCAGAAAUUCCAAUGGAAGACCUGUUAGCCAUGUACCUCCCUCCUGAAGGGGGAAACCCUGCAGAAGAUGAAGAAGAGGAGGAAGAGGAAGAAGAGGAGGAGGAAGAACUAACAAACGGAGAAGAAGAGCUCACUAACGGAGAGACAGAAGAAUCACUUCCAAACGAUGUAUAUUCAGAGUCCAGAGAAUCAACCAACACCAGGGAUAGCACCCAAAGAUUACUAAGAUCCAGUACAAAUGCUGAUGAUGAAUCAGAAUCAGGUUCAGAAGACUCUGACUAUGUACCAGUAGAUGACUGGAAAAAGUGUAUAAAUGUAGGUUCUGACUUCCAAGCCGUAGUGCCUGAAGGCCUUAGUCAUUAUGAUGAUGCACCAGUAUAUGAGAAUGAAGAUAGGCUAUUAUGGGAUCCGUACAAGCUGCAGGCAACUGAUACGGAGCGCUUUCUAGCCCAAGUUCAUCAACCUGUAGCCGGCAUGCAAGGCAUUAGGGCAUUGCCAUCUGGGUGUCACAUCAGAGAUGAUGAAAGGACCCUUUUCAUCCUUCUACAAUGUGGGCACAAUGUAGAGGAAGCAUUGAGGCGGCAUCGGAUGCAGAUGGCACCACCAGCAGAUGAGAUGAGCUUAUGGUCAGAGGAGGAGUGUAGAAACUUUGAGAGUGGUCUAAGAACGUAUGGCAAGAACUUCCAUCUAAUUCAUCAACACAAGGUGAGGACGAGAUCUGUUGGUGAGUUGGUCCAAUUUUACUACCUCUGGAAAAAGACAGCACGUCACGACAUGUUUGCAAAUCAAAGCAGACUAGCCAAGAAGAAAUAUCACCUUCAUCCAGGCAUCACGGACUACAUGGACCGGUUCCUGGAUGAUAUCGACAACAGUAUGAGUCCUCCACCCGCCCAGUCUCUCCUGGACAAGACAAGGAUGAAUAAACCACCAAACCAAGUCACCAUGAUGGCUCUCAAUGGAGUGCCAGACCUUCAGAACUGUUCUGCAGCAAUCGGUGGCCUUGCAAGUAGUGACCUCCCUCACGAAGCUUCAGCCUCAGGAACGUUAGGAACCUCCUACAGCUCUCUUCCUUAUGCAAGCACCCGUUCCAUGCCCAUAACCUCUGAAGACGGUGCACCUCCCGCUAAGAAACAGCGACUAAAAGACAAUGACCUCUCCGUCCUGGAGAACCUAAACAAUUUCCUAGAUAGCAAUGGAGGAAUGAACAUCACAAACUCUGCUGCAGAGCUUCUUGCUCCCAUUGACGUGCCCCCUGCAGCCAAACCCUCCCUGGCACACAAUUUACAGAACUUGGAUCCUAGUGCCAAGGGCUUACUGCCUCCACAGACUGUGGUUACUAUUGGGAGUGGGUUCAAAGCAACGGAAGGGAUGUCAAGAGAAAAGUAUAGUUCAGUCGUCAGUCAAUGAUGGACACGUAUUAUGUGCUGCAGUAUUCUGUGUUAAUAUGUAAAUACGCCAGAGAGAUGCAAGAUAGAGUUUAUGUGAUCCAUCUUUUUGUAUACCACCUGGUUGUAUCUUUGUACAAAAUUCGAUAAAUUAAAAAAAAUUAUGGUAGAAGAAAGGACGUGAUCUUGUUUGCGGAGUUGGUGUGAAGUUUGUUUGAAGUGACGGGAUACCACUACAAACAAAUUAGCUCAACGUGAGGAAUUGUAAUUCUUUGCCAUUAUCACAAUCCUCUAUUUCUUCCUCACUUUCCUGUUAUGAAAUUUUACCAUUACUGUGAAUCUUAAGACUAUAAUCCUCCCUGUUCUCCUCUUAAAUCUUUUUUAUUUCCCCCCCAAAAGAUGUUCUAAAAUAUAAAUAUAUAUCAUAUUCUCAGGUGAAGAGAGGUAAUAGAAAGUUAGUGAAAAGGAAGGACUUUAUCACAAAGUUAUACCGUGAAGGCAUUGCCUGAUGAUUCAUUUUUUUGGAGUUGUGUGCAAUGAUAGAUAUUGGUAGCAUCAUAUUUUUCUGUUCCUUAUUUGUAUAUGUAACCGACCAUUCCUUUUUGAAUAUAGAAAUCCAUAUCUUAUGUCAUUUUUACAGACACGAAUGCUUCAUUUUCCUCAUUUUCAAUUUUUCCUCAUAAGAUGCUUGUAUGUAGAUACAAAAAAAAUACAUAUAGGCCUUGCCUGUGAUCGUACUGUCAUCAUCUAAUGUAAGUGUGCACAUAACCAAAUACAUUUCAUUUGUAAGCCAUCUCAGAUGAGUUUUCAUAAAUCAGAUUCAAUUUGGUAGUGUAAGAAACCAACCAGAAGACUGACAGCUUUCAGUCCUCUGUGAGGGACUGGUUGGUGAUUUAAUGUUUUACUACAAUGCACCAGAGUGUGCACUUGGUUUUCAAGUUGUUGCCAAGUAAAACACAGAACUAUUGCUUUUUAUAAGCUUACAUGCUUCCAUUAGUUUCAUGAAAUAAGGAAUUUUGUUAAAAAAAGAUAAAGCUCAGAUGCAUAUUAACUGUAAUAGUGGCUGGGUAUCAUUAUUUGAUGGUUAUCUCUCUUUAUCUCGGUCAUAAUAAUAUAGAGGCUGAGGAGAAAUAGAAUGAUGAAUUGAUUUAUUUUAUGUCGUUUAGUAGGUCAUUUGAAUAUAUUUGAUCUAGAUUAGCCAUUAUUGUCAAGUUAUGGCUGCAAAGAAGUAUAGUAGCCAUUGAGCAUUUAGGCUUGAACCAAAUUUUCUUACUCUGCACAAUUGCCCAGAUAUUUAUAGUAAUCUCUAGUUUUUGAUGGCUACUAUUUGAGGCACAAUGUCACCCAUUUUCUCCACCCCUUUUCAGCCCUUGUGCUGCUGAAGCUGUCAGUUGUACCACCGCCUGGGUGAAGCAUGCCAAACAUAGAUAUAUGUCUUUCGAAAGAAUGGAGGACUGAAUAAAUCCCAACCAUUUAUUGUGUGUCGUCUUUACCAGACACUUGCAGCUUUGGCUUUAACACUGCCAGUUGAGUGGUUGUGGUAGUGGGGGGGGGGUGUAUUUCACAAAGAGGUGGGUCGAACUAAUUUCUGCUUAUGUGCCAACACACACAUGUUAUUUAAAGCCUAAUCUCAUUAAUAGAUCUUGAGUAGAUUGUGUCUCAUGAUCUGACCAAUACCUUGAUGCCUAUACCACAGGCAAAUGGAAAUAAAAGUUUGAUUUUUAGUCACUCUUUGUGAAACAGCUGCUGAUUGAUGACCAUUCUGGCUAUGGGAGCACUACUGAUAGCAUGUUAAAAUUGUGUAGAAAGGUGAUAUUUGAAGAGAGUGAAAAUAUAUUCAGAUUGUUUUCAUUCUUAGGCAGUGGUGUGGCAUUGCCUCCCCGACCACCUACUAUCAAAUAAUCUUUGCCCAUUCUCUGCCCAUGGUUUUAUAACCAGAUUAGGCAGCUGUGUAUUUGGGGCCAGCUUUCUGAUGCCAAAAUAUUAAAUUAUGUGUAAUAAACUGUGGCUUCUUAAAUAAGUGUGCACAGUAAUAGAGUUUUUACAGAUUAUCUUUCAAGAGAUUGUUAACAUCAGGGUUCCAUAUCACAAAGGUUAGUGAUUAAUUAUAUGGUUAGUUUUACGAUUAAUUGCAUGGUGUAGUCAAUGCAAUCAAACGUAAAAAAAAACUUAUACGAUGAUUGCUAAGCUUUGUGUUACGGGCACCUGGGGACCAACCUUAAAAUCACUUUUCGAAAAUAUGACUUGGGAUUUGAACCAUGAACCCCUUUUCUGAUUGUUUAUGGAUAUUUCCUGUAGCGCUAUGUGCAAAUACAUUGAUGAUAACAUCAUACAUUUUGGUGCUUAUACAUUAUAGCUGCUAUAUCACAUUCAGAUUCAAAGAUUUGGAAAAAAAUAGUAAGUUGCAGUGUUUACAGUUAUCAAAAUGUUUAAUAAUCAGGUUUGGGGAAAAAGUCAAGUUUUUACAAAUAUUUAACUCAAGGUGGCUAAUCAUAUGUGGAGGUUAAGUAUUUUAAAGGAUUUAAUUCCACAGUGAUUUGAAUAUAUUUAAAUGCAUUGAUUUUGUUCAUACUACUACUAGUGAUAGAAAAAACUUUAAUCUGCCAUUUCUAAUUAUCCCAUGAUACAUACCUCUAAAUUUUAUAUACAAUUACAAUCAGCACUAAUUUAUUAAAUUCAUUAAUUUGAUAUUUGAAUUAAUGUGGCCUUUAAGACAACUCAGACCCUCACAUGAUUAGAGUGCAUGUUCUGUUAUUUAUACUAAAUGUGACAAAAGUAUUAUUUUAUUAGGUUUUUGUAUUGUAGAUGUGUGGGAGAUUGGCAGCACCAAAGUUCAGUUUUGUACAUGUAUCUUGUGUCACAUUUUAUCAUCUCAUUACUUGGUAUGAUGAUAUGAUUUGUAAAGCUGUACAUUCUUUCUGUUUGUAUAUAUUUUGUUAGAAGAGUAGAUUGCUUAGAAAGGAGGAAAUGUAAAUAUUCAACUAGUACGGUAUUCAUUCUAUGAUAGAAAUCAUUUUUUAGUACAGGAAUGUUCCAAGAACAUCUGUAGGAUUCUACUUCUAUUGAGAAGUUCUGAAGUGAAAUCGUUCCAAAAAGUAAGAUGAGAAAAAGGAACUGUGUGGAAGAAGAAAAAAGACAAUAUUUUUGUAUUAUAGGUAUAUAGUUAUGAUGUUAUUCUUUAUAUUUAAAUAAAUCUCUUAAAAAGAAAAUCAGUCAAAAGGUGCUAAUUAUUGACAUUGUUAGACAUAUUGUAAACUUGCUUUUGUUUGUAUAAUAUGUGUAUAUAAGAAUGAGAAUUAGGAAUGGACAAGGUCAGAGAAUAGCAAUCCAAGCUAAUGGGUCUGUUUCCAUCUGUGUUAAGCUAGAGAAUAAGACAAAAAAUCACAAGCAUUUGAGUAUUAGAUGACCCUUCUGCUUAUCAUUCCUUAAUUACUGAAGAAGGGACAGUUUUGGUCACAGCUUUCUAAUGUUCCUCAAUCCAAGGAUUGAGUUCAACUCUUAAUAGAAUUAAGUUCAUUCCAUAAGACUGAAUAAGGAUAUGAAAUUAAUCCAUAAGCUAGGAUAUAAAAUCUGAAUUGGCUGAUGUAGCAUACCCAAAGUAUCAUGUUCAUGUUCUCAUCUGUAAAAAUGCAGUUUCAGCCCAAUGCUAAGAUUAAUUAGGCAACAAAUCAUGCACGAGUCUUAAAAUUAAUGUUUUCAAUUCAAACAAUUGUAUAUUGUUCAAACACAUCAACAUGCCAGUGACUACUCUGUGUUGACAGCAUACAAGCUGAUAGAGCAAUGCACUUACAGGAUAAUAAUUUACAAUUACUUGGUAAAUAGUUUUAAAAACCAAACAAAUCAUGAGAAAAUAGAGAGGUUUGUGAAUAUUACCUGCCAUACAGUAGUGGGUUAAACUUUAAAAUCCAAUAAAUGUUAUCUGUUCAAAAAUACAUGUACUACAAAUGAAGUGAACGAAGGAUAGCUGAUAUAUUUCUAAAUUAACUGAUCCUUUUGGUAAGAAAAAUUAUGCCUUCCUAAAAUGAACACCUUGAACUGGGGAGCUGUUUGUGCCAUGGGGCCAAAUCAGUUCAAUGUCUUGCAUUUUCAAGUUAGUUGUACUUUAAUUGAUAAAAUAAAGAAACCAUUCGUGUAGGUAGGAUGUUAUCACUAUCCAUAUUGAUUAAUAAUGAAUCACUCCCAGUUCAUUGAAAUAUACUUUGUGCCAAUGGAGACAUUGUCGGGUUUAAUGAUAAUACUCAUUAGUAAUCCCUUUUUACGGGUGUGUGUACAUGUGUUUUAAUCACUAGAUGCAUCAUUAAAGUUCAAGGUAGAAUGGGUUUAGGAAUUUACAGUUCAGAAUUAUUUUAUACAAAUGACUAAGUGAGUUUGUUCAUGUUCUCCCUAUUGGCAGGUUGAAAUUUUCAUGUACAACUGUAUCCAUUUCAAGAGUUAUUUCAAAGUUCUGAUGCUCUUACAUGAGAAGUGGUAAUUUAACUAUGAUCUUUCCAAAGCAAAACAUGCAUUUUUAAUGCAAUGAUUCUUCUUUUCCUUGAAAGCUGCAUGACAUGUAUUGUUUAUUUGGAUGUUUUGUUGUUUUUGUUGGGGGUUUCCCCUUCAGAUUUAUUGAGAGAUGAAUACAAUUAUUUUAUAUUUACAUGA